AUGCGUUGCUGCUCUCUUAACUGGCUUAAAUUUAUAUUAUUCGAAUCCUCAAUUAUCCAAAUUGUAAGCUGUUAUUUAGGGAACUGGAGCAUUUAUCAUCUAUGUAGGCGUGAGUUGUCUUAGUGCACCAUUAGUUAUCGCAAUAGACAAAGAAUGGGUAGGCGCCGUUUUAAUUGUAAUUGGAAUUUUUAUGCUGAUUUUUACCGCUUUUGCAGCAUAUGGGACUUACUAUGAAAAGAAAUGAUGUCUUUGUUCUUAUAUGUUUGUUGCGUUUUGGUCAGGCUCUCUCCUACUAACUUUUGGGAUUGCUUGUUUAUGGGGUCGAGCAUAUGCUGGACAAUAUUUAGGAAGUGAUGAUAACUGUUAUAGUUUAAAAGCCCUUACUCCCUCCUCCGUGAGUGAGCAAAACUAUUAGAUUAAUCUCUAUUUUUUACCAAAAGCCCACCUCCGUGAGUAAAAACAAUUUUUUAAUAUAAAAAUUUUUAUGAAAAAAAGUGAUAAUUAUUAAAUUGAAAUCUCUAGCUAACUCUGUUUAAUUUUAACCAGCUUGCAUUUUAAAACAUAAAUUUUUUACAAAUUAAUUAAAUAUGCUUUCCAAUUGGAUUUUUUAAAAUUUCGAAAAAAAAUAUAUAAAUUUUAAAAAUAAUAUCCCCUCCAACAAAAUUUUUUCGUUCGCUCACAAAGGGGAGUUAGAAAAGCUUCAGACACUGUUAUUAGAGCAGGAAGUAUUAUGUGCACUAUUUUCUGCCCAUGCAAUCUAAAGCCAACUACACAUGUAAAUCUUUACGCUAAUCAAACUUUUAUUCAUGGGCCAGCUACCAAGAUACAAAAUUGUGAUACUUGCUGGAAUAUUGAAUAUUAUCCAGCUACUACACAAGCUUUAUUAGUCGCUUGAAUGAAAAAAUAUUUAAAAAUAGAUGUGACGCCAAGCAACUGUGUAAUACCUGAUGAUGCUUUUUCAGAUACUUAUCUAGGGGAUUAUGCUAAAUAUUUGCCUUUGUUAAAAUAUGUGGAAAACACUUUUAGCUGCUCUGGGAUUUGUGUUAUGGAGAAUGUCUUUCUGUUUACCGAUAUUAAUAGAGGGACUCCAAAUGGAAAUUGUAGGCAAAAAGUAUAUGAGUGGGUGAAUUGGAUUACAUUAAAAUUUGGGGUUACUAAUAUUGUAUUUGGGUGCAUUCAAGUAAGAAUUAUUUAGAUUUUUGGUAUGAUAAUUGCAUUUAUGAUUAGGCGGAAAAUCAAAAUCCAAACUGGGAUUGAAUGUCAAAGCAAUGUUGUUGACACUGAAAAUGGAAUUAGUGAAAAGCAAGGACUUGAUGAGAAUGUCACUUAUACUUAUACUCAAACUGAUAAUGAUGCCACUAAUAGAGAAAUCACUACCAAAGAUAUCGUCAAUUUUGAAUAA